AUGGAUCGCCAAGUGGUAGGAAGGGGCCGCGGAAGACCCACUAGACAACACCCGGAAGCGGGUAGAGAUAGAGAGCCCGAGGUCAACCCAGACCAAAGGCAAGAGGGUGGGGCCAGAGACGGAGUGGCCACCUCUAUCAAUCGUAUCACUGACGUCCUAGAGCGCUUGAUUGAACACCAAGCUGCUGGACCAGUGCGCCAUCCAGGAGGCCCAGCCGAUUCUAACGACCGGGCACUGGAGAGGUUUCUAAAGUUCGGACCUCCUAAGUUCUACGGAGGACCUGAACCUGAGAUAGCUGAGGGAUGGUGGGAGAGAAUCUCCGACAUCUUCACAGCCCUGAACUAUACGGAAGAGCGGCAGGUAACUUUUGCCGCAUUCCAGUUUGAGGGAGCUGCUCGCUCCUGGUGGAAUCUGGUGAGAACUAACUGGGACAUGAAUCGUACUCCAAGGACUUGGGCGAACUUCACAAGGGAGUUCAAUGCCAAAUUCCUCCCACCGCUCAUCCAAGAAAAGAGGGAGGAUGAUUUCAUAAAAUGUAAGCAGGGGGCGAUGAGCGUCGCCGAGUACGAAGUCCAGUUUACCAAACUAUCUCGAUUUGCUCCUGAACUGGUAGUCACGGAGCAAAGGAGAGUCAGAAGGUUUGUACAGGGUUUGAAUGUGGAACUACAGGAAAGUUUAGCUGCUAUAAGGAUAGAUACCUUUGCUGAGGCUGUUGAAAGAGCGCAGCGAGUAGAAGUAACCAGAGCUCAGGUGAAGUCUUUUCAGUCCAAGAAAAGAUUUGCUCCUAGCAGUAGUCGGGAGCCGACUUUUGGAAAUGCUCCACCGGCCAAAGUGGGCCGAGGAACUAGUGGAGUGAACAGUUCUGGAGCACCACGAGGCGCCCAAGCAAGAGGAAAUGGGGCCAGAAGUGCAGGAGGACGAAAUAAUGGAGCUAGAGGGGGACCAAUUGGAAGAGGACAACCUAGGAAUCGGCCGCAAGGGGGUCGAGCAAUAGUUCCUCAAGCGACAUGUGCUUAUUACAAGAAACCUGGUCAUCCUAUGGAUAGCUGCUGGAAGAAGCAAGGAAGGUGCUUGAGAUGCGGAAGUAGUGAGCACCAAAUCUCUGGAUGUCCAAAGAUGCAAGAAGGGACUCCUCAGAACGCUAGACCAAACAAUUCUGGAGGGAGCCGACCAACAGUUCCUGCCCGAGUGUACGCCUUAGGGGACCAACCUGUACCCGAUUCCUCGGAGGUAGUGGAAGAUGUGCAACCAGUUAGAUUACCCUUUGAUCUUGAAGUUAGGACACCCAUGGGUAACAAGAACGUAAUCACUAGCUUGGCUUAUAAGAAUUGUGAAUUCUGGAUUGGAGAGCGUAAGAUGCUAGUGGAUCUGAUUAGUCUGGAUAUAAAAGGUUACGAUGUUAUUAUAGGAAUGGAUUUUCUAGGCCAUCAUCAUGCUAAACUUGACUGUCGAGCGAAAGUGGUGGAAUUUUGUAUACCUGGUGAAGCAACCUUGAGGUUAGAUGUUAAGGGUAGGUUAGCAUCUUCUGCUAUGAUCUCAGGAAUUUGA